GACGCCGCUUUAUAAUAAUUUUCAGUCACGUUAAUUGUGUAUAUUGCAAAAAAAAUUUUAGAGAUUUCGUUUGAAUAAAAUAUUCCUUAUAAAGAUUUCCAAUUACUUUUUUUAAAUAGAACGAUAAUAUGGCUGCAAGUUUGCCAGGUGUUUUUGCUACGAACCUACAAGAAAAAAUACUCCAGUCCAAAAUUUUGGUCGUCGGUGCCGGUGGGAUAGGUUGCGAAGUUCUUAAAAACCUUGUUUUGUCCGGAUUUCCUCAUAUUGAAAUUAUAGAUUUAGAUACUAUCGAUGUAAGUAAUCUGAACCGCCAAUUUUUAUUUCAUAAGGAACAUGUUGGAAAAUCUAAAGCACAAGUAGCAUGUGACAGUGCACUUAAAUUUAAUCCCGAUGCGAAAAUAAUCGCAUACCAUGAUAGCAUCACCGCAAGCCAAUAUGGUGUAAAUUUCUUUAAGAAGUUUGAUGUUGUACUAAACGCUUUGGAUAAUCGUGCGGCACGUAACCAUGUUAAUCGUAUGUGUCUAAAUGCUGAAGUGCCGUUAAUUGAAAGUGGUACUGCUGGUUAUAAUGGUCAAGUUGAAAUGAUAAAAAAAGGUUUAACAGAAUGUUACGAAUGUGUGCCAAAAGCUGCGGAAAAAACUUUUCCUGGUUGUACUAUUCGCAAUACUCCAUCAGAACCAAUACAUUGUAUUGUUUGGGCUAAACAUCUUUUUAAUCAAUUAUUUGGCGAAACAGUCGAUGAAGAAGACAUAUCACCUGAUGUGGAAGAUCCGGAAGCUCAAGUGAAAGACUCAGAAUCCGUUGAAAAAGAAAAAGAAAAUAUACCCGAAAAAGGCAACGUCACACGUUUAAGUACUCGUCAAUGGGCAAAAGAAUCAAAUUUUGAUGCUGCCGUUCUUUUUGAUAAAUUUUUCAAUGAUGAUAUAAAUUAUUUAUUAAGCAUGUCCAAUUUGUGGCAAAGUCGAAAACCACCUAAACCUAUUAGUUGGAGCAAUGUACUAUUACAAACUCUUGAUUGUAGUGUAGCAGAUUUGCAAGAAUAUCACAAACUUUGGUCGUUAGCUACUUGUGCAAGAGUAUUUGAAGAUUGUCUUGAGAAUCUUAAGGUUUCCUUUUCAAAAUUAGGUGAAGCUGGGUCACUUAGUUGGGAUAAGGAUGACCAACCAGCAAUGGAUUUUGUUGCGGCUUGUGCAAACAUACGAGCAUAUAUAUUCGAAAUACCAAGAAAAUCUCGAUUCGAAAUAAAAUCUAUGGCUGGUAAUAUUAUUCCUGCAAUUGCUACUACAAAUGCCAUUACCGCCGGCGUAGUUGUUCUAAAAGCUUUUAAAAUAUUACAGGGAGAUUUUCAGAAAUGUCAGUCGGUCUAUACACGGUUGCGACAAAAUGCACGACAACAAAUGAUUAUACCCGAUAAAUCACUAGUUGCACCAAAUCCCAAAUGUUAUGUUUGUGCUGUAGAUCCCGCAAUAUAUUUAAAAGUUGAUACAAAGCGUAUGCGCAUGAAGGAAUUACGCGAUGAUGUAUUAAUAAAAAAUCUUAAUAUGAUUAAUCCUGAUGUAACAAUUGAUGUCAAAGGUGUGGUAGUGCUUUCAUCAGAAGAAGGUGAAACCGAAUGUAAUGAUGAAAAGUUUUUAAAUGAAAUGGAUAUUGUUGAUGGUGUACUUUUGAAAUGUGAUGAUUUUUUCCAAAAUUAUAUAUUAAGAGUAAUUAUUGUUCAUUUCGAUGCUGAACGUAAUGAUGUUUUAUUUGAAGUAAUUGCUGAUGAAGAACAAUUGAAGCCUAAAGAAGCAGAACCGGAGAAGACUGACCAUAAAAACGGUAGUACUAAUAAUUUGCAUAAUAGUGAUAUAGAAGACGGUCCUUCUACUUCCAAAAAAAUUCGUUUGAUUGAAAUUGUCGAAGAUGAUGACGACCUAUGUGUGAUUGAAGAUGACGAAGAUGACGCUGCCGUCGUAACUGAAGCAACUGGUCAGUUAACUGUACAAAGUCCCGAAAAAGUAUUAAACACUAAUACUCCAAAAACAACCAAGCGUAAACAAAAUCAUGCUGAGAAUGGAGUUGAUGAAAUAACAGAAAUACAUGAUGUUGAUGAUGAUGAUAAUGAGCAAGAUAUGGGACCUACAAAAUCCAAACGUACACGGGUUGUUGAACAAGAAAGUGAAGUUAUUGAUAUCGAUUAAACUCUCGAAUAUUUAUAAGCAAAAUAAAUAUUUUUGAAAUAAAUGUGUCUAAUGAAGAAUUUA